AUGUCAGGUUAUGUUGGCUGCGAAGUUUUGACCCCUAGAUGCCGUCAAUCAGCUACGUUAGUUGAUAUCGCCGGUUCAACUUACCGUUUGAAGUCUUUAUUCAAAUUGGGCUUCAACGCAAUGCGCGAGGGAGGCAGUCUUAAGACCUCGGCAGCAUGUGUUGAUGGAGGUGAGGCGGUCAGGGACAAACUAGGUCUGGGUACUAGCCAGGGCUUGACCCACAACAAGACGGUUGUUAUGAACACCGUCAGUCUUCUCCAAGGAAUGAAAAAGUAUUUCGAUGCAAAGGACAACUGCAAUAAAAACCUUUUGUUCGGCUACCACGGAGAUGUUGUCGUCGGGUUAUACAUCGGAGCUGGCCUAGGCAAGCCUACUGUUUCUUCGGCAUUUUACUCUCUUUCUCUACACUUGGAAACCGCGGGAUCCAUUGCCAACCGGACCAUCGUUCAGUUUCGCGAUUUAGCUCGCAAGGCGAACCGUGUUUUUGGUAUUCUUCUGGACACUACCGGUGACAUCGCUGCCAUUCAGGAAACUACUAGACAAUGGAGUGAAGGGUCUUCAACUGUUGGCAAAGACGUUGUGUUUUCAGGAUCCUUAUCGAAUGCGAAGGUGUACGACAUCGCUGGGAUCACCCAUCUUCCAGAACUUGAUGAGCCAACAUCUACACCCACGCCUACACCUUCCCUUUCCAACGAGCCCAAGAAACUUCGAGAAAGACUCGUGGAUUUCGUUGAAUUUAAUAUUCUUCGGGAGCGCGCAACUUGCAAGCAUAUCGUGGUUGGUGAUGGCGAUAGCUGCGCUACUCUUGCACGUCGCUGUGUUAUUCAAGGUUCCGACUUUGCCAAGUAUAAUUCCGAAUCUGGAUUUUGUUCAUUUCUCGAAAAAGGAGGGCCCAAGCCCGAAGCAGAUGGAACUUGCGCAACCCACGUCAUUGACGACAGAGACACUUGCGCUAAGCGAGCCAAGAAGCAUAGCGUCUCUGUCAAGGAGUUAGAAAAAUGGAAUAAGAACACAUGGGCUUGGACUGACUGCACCGGCCUCCUUGCCAAGAACGCCAACACGGACGGAUCUUACACCCAUAUUCACUGGGCUUUUGCUUCCAUCGACUCGCAGACCUGGAAGCCUAUCAUCAAAGAGGGCAAGGACCAAUGGGCUGACUCAACAGCCCCGGACAAGUAUUCCAUUAUUCGGAAUGCCAUUAUCACGAAUCGCGAGACUUUUGCCACUAAUCUUGUCAAGUUUGCAAAGGACGAGGGUCUCGAUGGUGUUGAUAUCGAUUGGGAAUACCCUGGUGCGGAGGAUAUCCUUGUUGGAGGAUCUCCCAUUGGAGCCAAGACGGAUGGCGUCAACUAUCUGCGAUUUCUCACUACGCUGAGAGAGAAACUCGGCUCUGAUAUGUCACUCUCUAUCGCAGCACCCGCAUCGUAUUGGUACCUCAAGGCCUUCCCGAUCGAUCGUAUCUCGAAAGUCGUAGAUUAUAUCGUCUAUAUGACCUAUGACCUACACGGCCAAUGGGACUACGGCAAUCCCAAUGCCUUUGAUGAAUUCAACAUGACCGAGACCAGGCGGGCCCUGUCCAUGAUUACCAAAGCCGGUGUAGCAAAUAACAAGAUCUUUGUUGGAGAGUCAAGCUACGGAAGAUCAUUCCGCAUGGCCAAGUCAGACUGUUGGAAGCCCGAGUGCGAGUUUACAGGCUCCAAAGCUGUUUCAGAUGCAGCCCCUGGAAGAUGCGACUAUAUCAGUUACAUGACAGACAACGACAAGCUGGGGCGACGUGUGAUCUGGAAAGACUUCAAUUUCGCUGGCACAAUUGAUUGGGCCGUUGACUUGCAGCAAUUCAGAAAUGAAGAUUUCGAUGCGCCCCCAGAUAUUCCAAUGUCGGGUCUUAAGCAAUGGAUUAAGGAUAGCCUAUAG